GCGCGCAGGCGCAGACGUGAGGGACGAGCGCCGAGCUGCUGAUCGAGAGCGCCCCUCCCCCGGCGCCAUCUCCCGGACCGCGAGCCGUCCAGAUUCAGUGCUGUCGCCCCUCCAGAGCCUAGAGGAUGUUUCAUGGGAUCCCAGCCACUCCGGGCAUAGGAGCCCCUGGGAACAAGCCAGAGCUGUAUGAGGAAGUGAAGUUGUACAAGAAUGCCCGGGAGCGGGAGAAGUACGACAACAUGGCAGAGCUGUUUGCGGUGGUGAAAACUAUGCAGGCCCUGGAGAAAGCCUACAUCAAGGACUGCGUCUCCCCCAGCGAGUACACUGCAGCCUGCUCGCGGCUCCUGGUCCAGUACAAAGCUGCCUUCAGGCAGGUUCAGGGCUCAGAAAUCAGCUCUAUUGAUGAGUUCUGCCGCAAAUUCCGACUGGACUGCCCGCUCGCCAUGGAGCGGAUCAAGGAGGAUCGGCCCAUCACCAUCAAGGACGACAAGGGCAAUCUCAACCGUUGCAUUGCUGACGUGGUCUCGCUCUUCAUCACGGUCAUGGACAAGCUACGUCUGGAGAUCCGCGCCAUGGAUGAGAUCCAGCCUGACCUGCGGGAGCUGAUGGAGACCAUGCACCGCAUGAGCCACCUGCCGCCCGACUUUGAGGGCCGACAGACAGUCAGCCAGUGGCUGCAGACCCUGAGCGGCAUGUCAGCAUCGGACGAGCUGGAUGACUCGCAGGUGCGUCAGAUGCUGUUUGACCUGGAGUCGGCCUACAACGCUUUCAACCGCUUCCUGCAUGCCUGAGCCCAGGGCACCAGUGCCUGCAGGGAGGGGUAGAGUCUGAGAUGCUGGUUCCUGGACCCUGUCCUCCACAACUCACUGGCUGCAGCUACCCGUCUUGUGUCUGUCUUUGGUGUCAGGACUUUGGGGGCCAGGCCCUUCCCUGCAAUAAAGAUGUUCUCUGACCCUCCU